AUGUUGUCUAGGGUUUGGGAAUCUGAGUCUUCGUCUUCUGCUGCUGCUGCUAGAUUGAUCGGUACGAGAUUGGUUCAUCGUCGCGUCGCGCAGAAAGGUUCAAUUGGUUAUCAUCCUGACAUUAUUACUUACGGAACAAUUGUGAAUGGAAUGUGUAAGGUCGGUGACACUGUCUCGAUCUUAAUGCUGCUCAAGACCUUUUCAGGAGAUGAUUUCUCAAGGUGUGUGCUUGAUAUCGUAACUCUUAACAUUUUGCUGGAAGGUCUCUGCAAUCAUGGGAAAGUAGAAAAGGCAUUGGAAAUGUUCAAGGUUAUGCAGAAGAGUAAGAUGGAUCUGAAUACUGCUGUUUAUAACAUCAUCAUCAUGGAAUGUGCAAGGAUAGUAAGGUGGACGAAGCAUGGGACUUAUUCACUAGUCUUCCCAUCGAUGGGAGAUGCUCCGAAAGGUGUAGUCCCUAAUACUAUCACCUAUAACUCGAUGGUAGAGGGGCUUUGCAAGCAGAGUCGCCUAGAUGAGGCGAAACAGAUGAUUGAUUCGAUGGCUAGCGAGGGCUGCUCUCCAGACGUGGUGACAUUUAAUACACUUAUUAAUGGCUACUGCAAGGCAGGAAGGGUUGAUAAUAGCUGGAGCUUUUCCGAGAGAUGCAUCUAA